AAGUUUUCGGGCCCGAGAAUUCUCGGGAGUUUUGAGAAACGGGCGCCUGGGCUUGCAAACACAUAAUAAUCCCAUGUUAAUAACACGAGUGUGACCCGACGUGGAAGAUUUAAUGAUUUUACCAAGAGGCACAAUGGCCUUUUUACGUUGAUGAAGAAUACUUUAUCCGCGAAAGUAAGCCAUCAAGUAGAAUUGUGCACGAGUUCUUUUUAUUAUUAAAUUUUUGCAUAUAGCAUGUGUCCUCUAUACAUUACUUUUUCUAAAAAAAACCAUUAAUUUCUGAUUCAGGCGGAUCGUUUGAAAAAAGCCAAGCGUUAGUUGGCUCGCUUUCAAACUUUGACAUAUGGAAAGACCAGUUCUUUGCCGCUGAAAUUAUGACCGAGAUGGGAAAAGGAUGCGGAACGUGGUCGGGGAACCUCGUCAGUUGGAGGGAUCUGCGGAACUCUCCCCGGUACGGAGAUGUCGUCAUACAGGAGUACUCAGAGUGCUAUACACCCGGUGUUGUCACCCGUAGCCAUCGGGACCAGUAUUGUCGAGAUCUGAUAGCAGCUAUCCCCUCGGCCAGUUGCUCUACUCCCGCUUAUGCCCUUUUCGACACGAGAGUUGAUCUCAAAAACGUCAUGUGGCGUUGCUACUUCGCCAAUGCUGUGAAAACAGUCGUCAGAGAUCACACGUUUGCUUAUGACAAGGACUUGUUGUCGGCUUGUUUUUAUACUAGACAUGGCGAGCUUACAAUGAUUCAAGACUGAGCAUCUCUCAGCGUUUUGAAAAGUCUCUGGCAGUGAAAACAGUCGUCAGAGAUCACACGUUUGCUUGUAACAAGGACUUGUUGUCGGCUUGUUUUAUACUAGAAAUGGCGAGCUUACAAUGAUUCAAGACUGAGCAGCUGUCAGCGUUUUGAAGAGUCUCUGACAGUCGCCAUUUUGUCAUCCUAGAGGAAUACCAAGAAUAAUGAAGUAUCCAUUUCCAUCUGCGUAUGUAGGGGAGCUUGUAUGAUUGAUUUUUUUUUCGAUUGAUUGUAAAAGAAGUUUAUAUUAGUUAUGUUAUUUACCAGCUGGGAGGUCCGUAUCGUGAAAUACCGUGACUGAGGUCAGUAUUCAUGCCCGUAGCCAGAUUUUGGCCAUGGUCACGGUAUUUUACGAUACGGACCGACCCAUAGCUGGGAAAAAACAUAUUUUUUUUCCUCAAAAGAAUUUCCAACUUUAAGGGCUAUAUAGGGGUGUUAAGGGCUAGCUAGAGGUGUUGUGUGCUAGCAAGGGGUGUUAUGCGCUAGCUAGGGGUGUUAAGGGCUAGCUAGAGGUGAUAAGGGCUAGCUAGGGGUGUUAAGGGCUAGCUAGGGGUGUUAAGGGCUAGCUAGGGGUGUUAAGGUCUAGCAAGGGGUGUUAAGGGCUAGCUAGGGGUGAUAAGGGCUACCAAGAGGUGUAAAAGGCUAGCUAGGGGUGCUAAGGGCUAGCUAGGGGUGUUCAGGGCUAGCUAGGGGUGUUAAGGGCCAGCUAGAGGUGUUAAGGUCUAGCUAGGGGUGUUAAGGUCUAGCAAGGGGUGUUAAGGGCUAGCUAGGGGUGAUAAGGGCUACCAAGAGGUGUAAAAGGCUAGCUAUAGGGGGUUAAGGGCUAGCUAGGGGUGUUAAGGGCUAGCUAGGGGUGUUAAGGGCUAGCUAGAGGUGUUAAGGGCUA